AUGGAGUCUCCCGCGUAUCCAGAAUCGCCGAUGGACCAGGAUGAUAUCCCGUAUCCUUGCAAGGGCUGUGGAGAGGGCAAAGCUUUCGAACUUGGUAGGUUUGCAUUGAGUCCUCUUGACCCCUGUUUUGACAAGUGGCUGACCGCUCCUUUCUUGACUUCCCGUGUAGCGGGCAAUCGAUGGCACAUUGAAUGUUUUUGCUGCAGCACCUGCGGUACUCUUCUCGAUUCCGACGCACACCUGCUACUCCUGGGAGAUGGAUCGUUGAUUUGCAGCAACUGCACGUACAGCUGCAGUUCGUGUGGGAACAAGAUCGAAGACCUCGCCAUCUUGACGGGCGAGCAGGCUUUCUGCGCACAAUGCUUCCGAUGCCGGAACUGCAAAAGGAAGAUCGAGAAUCUGCGCUAUGCUCGAACCUCGCAGGGUAUAUUCUGUAUGGACUGCCAUGAGUCCCUCAUGCAACGUCGAAGAAAGAGGAACCGGAAUGUCGCACCGUCGAGGAAGCAGACGCCGGCGAACAUGAAACUGGACAAAUCACUCCCGUCCUUGCCCUCGGAGGACCCCGAACCGAUGCCUCGUGGCUCCGACGAGCCAGCUGCCGAUGCGUAUUCAGAUGCAACCCCCGAUACGACAUUGCGAGGAGCUGCGCCUGCGCUGGACGCAGGAAGGGGCAGAAGCGCUUCUGCUACCGGUGCGGCUGCAGAUAAUCAAGGUAGGAUACUCUGUGGUGUCCUGGAUGUCGUAGUGUGCGUGCAGGGACUAACUCAUGAAAUGUUUCUAGACAACCUAAUUCUCCCUUCGAGCACCUACCGAAGCAACCGACACUCAGUCAUACCUCAACCAGAGGCAGAUGGCGGUGGUGAAUUCUUAAUCCCUGUUGCGUUCGACCCCUCCGAAGAACAACGGUCCGCGCGCGGACAGUUACCUGCCACAACGUACGGGAAAUCGCCUCAUGGGUCGGAAAGCUCGUCUCCGCAUAUUGCGUACCAGGAAAAGGGCCGGGACCGCGGUGACCUUGACACGGCACGUUGGCGUCAGGAUGACCUCGUCAACGGCACAAACACCGCCAGAUCGGCUUCCGCUCGCAGUUCCAGGUCUGACCUGGGUCGUAAGGAGACCAGCACUUUCUCCACACCCAGCCCCGAAAGUACCAAAUCGGCAACCGUUCAAAGAGAGGGCUUGGCUCCGGAGCUUCAGAGAACAGCCAGUGACAAUACCACCACACUUCCGACUCGGCCUUCGCAUGAGCUGCGUCGGUUGCACGAAACUACAGGGUCGGUGGACUCUGCACAGUCGUUCUUGUCCUCCACGAGCGUGCAGCAUCCGAAACGGGCCGAUUCCCUGGAGAGCAGGCUGCAUCAGCCAUCGAGAAAGGAGCCCGGAACGUCUCCUCGGCCGUCCUCUGUUACCCCCAGCGACCAGUGGAGCGAGCGAUCCACUGACAGGACUGGUGUGAGCAGGAGUACACCUCGGACUGGCGAUUCCGCGUGGACCCCGCGCAGUGAAUUGAACGAACAGACUAAGCCCCCCGCGCGUCCCAACUCUAUUAGCACUCUUCAGCAGGUAGAGGCCUAUCGUCAAACUGACGGUGCGGGUUCUCCCUCGUUGCUGCGGUACAGCGGUGGCGGCGACUUCACCAUGGACGAAGAUAUGGCCCGUAUCAUGGGCUCGGACGAUAGCAACAAUGCACAGACGAGUGAGUCUUUCCUACGACGCGUUUCGAACUCUGUUCGCCAUGGCCGCAGCUACAGCGAUAAAGGUUCGCGCCUAUCAAGGGACGCCAAAUGGCCGAAGUCGCCUGUUAACGGAUCUGCAGCGAUACCCGACCUGGGGAGCCCGUCUCUGAUUUCUCCUGACAAUGCAGGACCUGAGGAAGUGACAUGGCUGCGUAAUGAGCUGCGCAAGGAACGGCAGCGUGUGUCCGAUCGGGAACAGAAGAUCGCCGAGAUGGAGGCGAUGCUGAAUGCAAGUGCCGAUGUCAAGCAGGUUAACACUGAACUUCACGAGAAGCGCUCCACCAUGGUGGUAUUGGAUGCACAGAAAGAGAUUGCCAUGCGUGAACUCACCGUGCUAACCGAGCACCUCGAGGCUGAGAAACGUGGCAACGGUGGAUCACUCGACCUUGGAAAGCUGACCAACCAUGUCUUGCGGGAAUUUGUGGAAUCGAUACAGAAGCUGAAGGAUACCUUUACGCCACAGAUCGAAGAGCUGGUACAGAAACGCAACGAUGCCGCGGAGGAAUUGGCCAACUUGAACCGCAUGAAGGACAAGAGUUUCCAGGAAUUCGAGCAGCUGUCCUCCAAGAACGCUCAACUGGCGGAGCUGAACAACCAGCUGGUGCAUCAGAUCCAGGAGCUCUACAAGGCCAACCCGACGGACGGUCGUGGGGCUAACGGUCUUGGUAUUUACUCUCAUGGCAAGGAGAAGUCUCUCUCUGCUAUCGAUGCUCUCAAGGCGGCCAACAGCGAUCUGGUUCCUACAGUAGCGACGACAAACAUUUCAGAGGAGGCUGAGCCAGCCACGAUCGUUCCCGGACCCCAAGUGGUUAGCAUCAGAAAGGGACAGCCUCGCAAGUUCAACUGGAAGAAGGGUGGUCAGAACGUCGCCAAGGCGACCCCAGCUGAGGGUAACCCGGGUCUGCCACGCUCCCAAACGCAGGACCCAAGUCGCCCCGGUUUUGGCUUCUUCGGUAACCAGCGGAGCAAACAAACAGGACUACGGAUGCCGCAAACCGACAGUGUCCCGGCUCUGGCUGAGACUCCUGCUCCUGGUGAUUUGGAACAACGCAUGGAGCAGGAGAAGAGCAUCAUCCCUGCCAUCAUUACUCGCUGUAUUCAGGAGGUCGAACUACGAGGUAUGGAUAUGGAAGGUAUCUACCGGAAGUCCGGCGCCAGCUCUGCAAUUCAGACUAUUCGGGAAGGAUUCGAGCGCUCUCCACAGGAUUAUGAUAUUUCCGACCCUGACCUCGAUAUCCAUGCCGUGACCUCCGCGUUGAAGCAGUACUUCCGCAAACUGCCCAUGCCGCUUAUCACGUUUGACGUCUAUGAGAAGAUCAUCGAUUCGGGCGAGAUCACUUCUCAACCCGCCCGGGUCGAACACCUACAGAAAAAUCUGCGCGAGUUGCCGCGCGUUCACCAGGAUGUGCUCGAGUUCCUCGUGUUCCACUUGAAGCGCGUGGUCGAGCGCGAGAAGGAGAACCUGAUGACCAGCCAGAACAUUGCCGUGGUGUUUGCGCCAACCAUCAUGCGGCCCGAGAGUCUUGCACGAGAAAUGACUGAUGUGCAGAAGAAGAAUGAGGUUUUGAAAUUCUUGGUUGAGAACUGUCAGGAAAUCUUCAUGGGUUUGCAGGGUUAG